AUGAACCCUCAUAUAUCUGUUCCCCGUCAACAUGCCAGUCCAUUGAAUUUCGGCGGCACUACGCCUGCCAGCCGUAGAUCCAGUAUACGGAUGCCGCGCUUCUUUAAAAGGCUAUUCAAGUUCCCGCAGAUGGAUUUCGAGAUGGCGAUUUGGGAGAUGACCUCUCUGUUGAUUGCGCCCAAGAAAGUUUUCAAGUCAAUAUACUACCAUGUACAAACGAAGAAUACCUGGCAUCGCCCGGAUCCAUCUUUCACCUACCUGCUCUCCUUCUUCCUCCUUCUCACAGCCCUCGCGUGGGGCCUCGCCUAUGCGCCGUCGUUUGGGUCCAUUGUUCGGCUGUCUCUGAUUUUCAUCUUCGUUCAUUUCAUCGGGUCCUCGCUUCUGGUCUCGACGUUAGGAUAUCUCAUGAUUCCCCGCCUAUUCGGCCCUGAUGGCGCCGCAGCCUCCCUCACUGGAUUUCGAGGUAGUCGUGGUCGGCGGCGUGGCGCGGCGCAGGGCUUGUUCACGCAGCCUGGUGAAAAGGACCAGCUGGAGUUUGGCUACUGCUUUGAUGUAUCGAAUCGGGCAUACUUUCCCCUUUAUCUGCAUCUUUAUGUUGUGCAGUUUCUUCUUCUGCCACUGCUCACCCGCAGUCCAAGCAAUUUCCUGGCUACUUUCCUCGGCAACACGCUCUACCUGUCUGCACUGACAUAUUACACCUAUAUUACAUUCUUGGGAUACAAUGCCCUUCCCUUCUUGCACAACACCGAAGUACUCUUGCUCCCUAUCCUAGCAUUCGCGAUCUUGUGGCUUGUCAGCCUAGUCGCCGGAUGGAGCCUGGUCAUGCAAGGUCGGAUCCUGGAGGUCUUGGUCUGGGGUGCAUAA